CGCGCGCAUUACAUCUCCUCCAGUAUCUGCACAGAGAAAGCAAUGUCCCCCUCUCCUCACGCCGCUACUGAUGCGCUCGAGGAAGUCCGGUGAUUGAAAGUCCCAAUUGGAAGUCCCAAUCACCCGCAGACAUGCGAGGUGCGUGUCUAUGGCUGUCCCUCACCUAUUUGGCCGCCAGCCCCGACGGGUUGGGGGCACGGGAAUACAGCAACUCAACCGUUAUCGGCGGGGUUCUAUUUGUGAAUGCAGAAGGGCUGUUGAACCUCUCAGACCCGUACACGUCCAACCGGACAAAUGUCUUCUCGCUGGACCUGGACGAGGGCACGCUCGCGGACUGGCACUCCAUGGCGGGUAAAAAGCGCUACGGGGGAGAGUCCCAGAACGCGACCGUGAAAUCCCUACUGGUCGUGGCUUACUCUUUCAUCAUUGUCAUCUCGUUAUUCGGAAACACGCUGGUGUGCCAUGUGGUGAUCAAGAACAAGCGGAUGCACUCCGCCACGAGCCUGUUCAUCAUUAACCUUGCGGUGGCAGACAUUCUCAUCACGCUGCUCAACAUGCCCUUUACUUUGGUUCGCUUUGUGAACAGCAGCUGGGGGUUCGGGAAGGGUAUGUGCCACAUCAGCCGGUUCGUCCAGUACUGCUCCCUGCACGUAUCCACACUCACUCUCACGGCAAUCGCGCUGGACAGACGCCAGGUCAUUCUCCACCCUUUGAGGCCCCGCAUGUCCCAGACUCGCGGCGUUGUGUGUGUGAUUCUCAUCUGGGUCAUGGCCAGCUGCUUCUCCUUGCCUCAUGCUAUCUACCAGAAGCUCCUAACCUUUGUGUACAGUAAGGAGAAGGUGCGCAGCCUUUGCGUCCCCGACUUCCCCGAGCCCUCUGACGUCUACUGGCAGUGCAUCGACCUCCUCACCUUCAUCCUCCUCUACGUCCUACCCCUCCUCAUCAUCACCGCCGCCUACUCAACCGUGGCUCGCCGCCUGUGGCGCCGUAAUGCUAUCGGGGACACCACCACUGCGCAGUUCGCUGUGCGGCGGCGGAGGCGGCGGCGCACCCUGGCUAUGUUGUUGGCGGUUGUUGGGGUGUUCGCAGUAUGCUGGUUCCCUCUGAACUGCUACGUGGUGCUACUCUCCAGCCAGGCCAUUCAGUCAUCCAAUGCCUUGUAUUUCUGUUUUCAUUGGCUGGCGAUGAGCUCAACGUGUUACAAUCCCUUCAUCUACUGUUGUCUGAACCCCGCCUUCCGCCAGGAGCUAAGGCUGCUAUUGGGCAUGUGUCAGAGGAGGGGGCGUGGAGGGGUGGGGCCUGUGCUGGUGGCUCAUCCCUCCUGCGCACCCUGCCACAGAGCCGCCUGGCCGGAGAGCCGCACUGGUUCUCGGCCGAGUCACGCCUCUUCACACCCGAGCCACGCCUCUUCUCGACCAAGCCACUCCUCGUCCUCUCGCCAGCCCCCUAAAGACAGGCAUGUCCUUUUCACCGCUAGACAUGCCAGUAAAACAGACAUCCUAUCAGUGGAGCCUAUAGUAGCUGUCAGUUAACUUCGACUACCAGAAUGCAUUUGGGUUGGGAUUGAGUGAAUGAUUGAGUUUAUUUGACAAUUAAAGACGUGUAAAGUUGCUGCAUUAGGUGGUGAGUCCUGUUGAAGGACUACGUUGUUAGCCAAAGACAGUGGGGGCUCUUGGACAGGAAAUGUGAGAUCUUUAAACUUUCAUGACAGCGCCACCUUCAGGAAGAAAUGUCUCACAUGGAUAGGAGUAGGGGUUGGGGAGGUCUAGCAACAAAUGCAACACCCAAACCAGCAACCACUCUGUUAGCACAUACUGUAUACACUGAGUGUACAAAACAUUUAAGGACACCUUCCUAAUAUUGAGUUUACACCCCCCCCCCCCUUUCCCUUCCGAACAGCCUCAGUUCGUGGGGGCAUGGACUCUACAAGGUGUCAAGUGUUCAACAGGGAUGCUGGCCCAAGUUGACUCUAAUGCUUCCCACAGUUGUGUCAAGUUGGCUGGAUGUCCUUUGGGUGGUGGGACAUUCUUGAUACGCACAGGAAACUGUGUGUACUACCGUACCCUGUUCAAAGGCACUGAAUGGAACACACACACAAUCCAUUUCUCAGUUGUCUCAUGGCUAAAACAUCCUUCUUUAACUUGUCUCCUCCCUUUCAUCGACAAUGAAUUAGGUGGAUUUAACAAGUGACAUCAAUAAGGGAUCAUACCUUUCACCUGGUCAGUCUAUGUCUUGGAAAGAGCAGGUGUCCUCAAUGUUUCGUACACUCAGUAUACAUUAGCAGAGCAGUAUUGUCGCGGCAUAGACAGUUCUGUUUGUCUCGGGACCGCAUUGCACCACAACCUGCGAAACUUGCUCUGCCUCUCUUUAUGUUCUGUCUCUGUCUAGUUAUUUUGUCUCGCUUUCCGAAUAAAUCACGGACAAUUAUAUCCGUUCUUGGACAUCAAAAGGCGGUGGAAUUUUGUCAUUUCACCAGCUGCUGUUCAUUCCCAAAAAAUAAUAUUGUCUUCAUUCCCGCUGAUCGCCCACUGCACACAGAUUAUUAAGUGUUGUGGUGGGUCCCUGACAGCUUUUCAUUUCAUUUUUGUUGAAGACAGAACUAUCUAACCAGUGGGGGUGAAGACUGUGAGCGCAAUAUUCCGCUCCCCGAGUUUCACUGCUGCUGUCGCGGAGUUGCAGGAAGGUGAGGGGAGCUAGAGUUUGAAGGAACAAUCUGUAACUUUCACUUCAUGUCGGAAGUGCUAUCCCUGCACGUUUUGUAUACUGUGGCGUUGGGUCUCGCUCGGCAAAUGUAACUGAAGGUGACCCACAGAAUUUCAGUAACUCUGUAGCAGGUUCUGUGCAUUUGCCAAGAUCCACUCCUAAUGUUUGCAAACAUGUGGAGGGACAGCGCUUUUAACCAUUGACUGUAAACGAAAGUAACAGACCGAACCUUUAAGAUCUGAUAAGAGUUCAGGACCGUGGGAAAGAGGAAAGGGGUAAGCUUUUGUGGUCCCCGAAAAUGAGCAGAUAUGUGCACCACGUCAUUGCGGUCUCUCGCUCUGCCGUGUGUGAUUCUUGCUAGCUGUCACUCAAAUGGCGUGGGGCUGAAGCUCAUUGGCCGGAAACUGCUAGAGGGCUGGCCCACGUGGGGGUAAAUGUAGGGAUUUCGUGGCUAAUUGACAUAAAAUCUUAAUUCUGCUUAUAGAUUUAUGUACUGUAUGUAUACAUAUUGACACAUCCAGCCCAAAGCGGGGGUAAAAAAAAAAAACGUUAAAAAAUCCUAGUUGCCAAAGUACCAGAGCAUAAAUGUAUAAAUGGACUCCUGAGUGGUGUAGUGGUCUAAGGCACUGCAUCUCAAUGCAAGAGGCAUCACUACAGUCCCUGGUUUGAAUCAAGGCUGGAUCAGAUCUGGCUGUGAUUGGGAGUCACAUAGGGCGGCGCACAAUUGGCCUGUCUGGGUUUGGCCGGCGUAGGCCGUCAUUGUAAAUAAGAAUUUGUUAUUUUAACAGACUUGCCUAAUUAAAUCAAUAUUAAAUAUAUAUAUAUUUUUUUUUUCAGUUUGAUAAAUAUAUUAAAGAAAAACGUGGUAAACUAUACUUGACGGAAGGAACCCUAUAGGCCUGGUCAAAAGUAGUGCACUAAAGUAGAACAGGGUGCUAUUUGGGACACUUUCUAUAAUGAGAAUGGUACUGGUUAUAUUAUGCAUGAGCUUGUUGGAAAUUAGGCACAGAGUAACCUCGUUCACAGGCUCAAUUGCAGAGAGAGCCGGCUGGUGGACAAGAUGAGUCACUCAUCAAAGGGUUCUGUAAUACUGCUGAUGGAACUGGUAACCAGACCUUGAAUAACAUGUUAUUUGUUUUCUUUUAAAUACUUUGUAUCCAUUUUAUUUAGCUGACCAGGAGUGCCGGGUGGGUGAGGUUUGCACAUUUGGGACUAUUCUAUUGUAGGUUAAGUGAAAUCAAGUGCAUCUAAAGUAUGUGAAAGAAAACAAGCAGCGUUUUCACCAAGACCUGACAGUGAUAUGAAUGACAGAUUUGCAUGUCUGUGUCAAUGUUUACUUCUUAAUUCAUCUGAAUGUUGAGCGAACCGGGUAAAAGUGUGAGCAUCUGUGACUUGAUGUUCACGUGUACAGAUGAUAAUGAUGGUGGUUUAAACCUGACAUUCGAACAUGCUUGCGUUAAUGUUUGGCUUCAUGGAAGUUGUUCUCGUUUUGAACGUUGACGCUAGGGUAUUGUGUCGAGUUGGUGGUAACGUCAGGCAUGAGCAUCUGUAAUAUGACGGUUUUGUGAUGUAAAUGUGAUGUGGCAUCUGAAUUGUGAUUUCUUCCGUCUCUCUGUGCUUUCUGAGAUCCAUUGCCUUAACUCAUAGUGCACAUAUCUUUGUGUACACGCCUUUCUCAUGAAAGUCUGUACUUUCCUUUUGCGAUAUUUAUCAAUGUGUUCAUGAAUUAGGAUUCUCCACCAAAUAUUGUGUUACAGAUGUGUUUGUAGAAUUAGAUAUGUGAUUCUCUUUUCAAAAGCCAUUAAAGUAUGCGACAACGAUGGGUUGGUGUGACUCAUAGACAACGGUAUGGUUUUGUGCACUAUUACUUCUGAGCUCCCUUCUUCCAUUAAGAGUCUCUCUGUGUGUGUGUGUGUGUGUGUGUGUGUGUGUGUGUGUGUGUGUGUGUGUGUGUGUGUGUGUGUAGCUAAUCUGAACUCCAACUCUGCUACUAUUCAUGAGAGUGGGGGGGGGGUCAUUGUGUUUCGAGGGAACGUGAGGUCCAAGGUCAGUUGCAUGAAUGUGUGCAGAGCAUUUCACGUACGGCACAUGAAAUGUGGGCUCAAAGAAGCACAAAUAAGGUGACGUCUGUCUGAUGACCUCAAGCAAGUCCCAAAGGAAUGUCGAUUAACAUCCUCUGCCCCUUUGCAAUCAAAUGACACUCAGGAUACGGUGGUUUUUACGAAAAAUGUGAUUUUAGUCCUGCCGUGACAAACAAGUGUACUGACAUUUACAAUGCCUGCUAGGCUGCUAUGCACAAUCUAUUCCAAUUUAGGAUUUACACAUUGUGGUUGCGGGGUCAAUUUCAGUUUCUGUUUAAAUUGUAUUCUGAACAAGUCCUCAUCAAAAUGCAGUUAGUGCCUACCCAGUGGUUCUGAGAACCAGAUAUUUCUCGGAGCAAGGUAAAAUCAUGGUUGUUCUAUGGUUAUUUUGGAUACAACCUUCCCAUAUCCUUUCCUACAGGUUUCCUCAUGGAUCUACUUAAAGUAAUGUUGUCAAAAUGGUCAGAGAACGUUAAGAAACAAAUGUUCUUCUGUGGAAAUUUUGGUACUUCAGCAUAACCUUUUUGUCCAGUUUCCUCAUGGUUCUAUUUAAAGUCAUGUUCUCGGAACGUUAAGAAAACUUACCAUUAAAACCACAACAAAACAUUAGUAACAUUCUAAGUAUAUUACUGAAAACCAUGUACAUUCCGUUCUUAGCAUCAACAAAACUCUCUUCAGCCUCUAUCUUGUUAGGUAUGUUGGCCACAUCUAAACUUAAUGGGUGCUUGUUUCCUUUGAAAUAAAUAAAUAAAUCCAGCUGCUUCUCAAAAUACAAUCUCAAGCAUUCAUUUGGUUGCUGUGCACUGCCUUUAAGAACUGAUUUGAGUUCAGGACUAUGGGAAAGAAGAAAGUGGUAAACUAUACUUGACGGAAGUUACCCUAUAGGCCUGGUCAAAAGCAGUGCACUAAAGUAGAACAGGGUGCCAUUUGGGAAACUGUCCACGAGAAGGCUACUGGUUAUAUGCUACAUUAUGCGUUCACUUGUUGGCAAUGAGGCACUGAGUAACCUCGUCCGCAGGCUCAAUUACAGAGAGAGCCGGCUGGUGGACAAGAUGAGUCACUCAAAGGAUUCUGUAAUACUGUUGAUGGUACUGGUAACCAGACCUUGGAUACAAUUGUAUUUGUUUUCAAAAAAAAUUGUAUCUAUUUUAUUUAGCUGAACAGGAGCACCAGGUGGGUGGGGUUUGCACUUUUUGACAAUUCUAUUGUAGGGCAACGUAAUCAAGAACACCCAAUUUAUGUGAAAGAAUACAAGUAGCGUUUCCACCAAGACCUGAUGGUAAUUUGAAUUACAGAUUUGUAUAUGUUUGUGUCGUUUCGUUCUUAAUUCAUUUGAAUGUUGAGCGGACAGGGUGAAGUGUGAGGAUUUGAACAUGCUUGUGUUAAUGUUUGGUUUCAUGGAAGUUGUUCUUGUUUUGAACGUUGACGCUAGGGUAUUGUGUGAGUUGAUGCUAACAUCAGAUAUGAGCAUCUGUAAUAUGAUGUUUUUUGUGAUGUGGGAUCUGAAUUGUGAAUUCUUCCCUCUCUCGAUCUGUGCUUUCUGUAAGUGUGUGCAGAUGCUUGCAUGUGUGGGACGGUAUUGCCAAAGGGUUUGAGUUACGUUUCUGCUCUGGUUUAGCUCCUUAGUAAUGGAUUGUGACUGGCUGAUUGCUCUGUUAACAUUUGGCCAAUAUGUUAUUGUCCAACCCCUUUAACUUUUUCUCUUUUUCAAAAGCCAUUAAAGUAUGCGACAACGAUGGGUUGGUGUGACUCAUAGA